AUAAAACCAGGUACACGUUGAGGUGAUUGCGUCAGAACCAAUUGGAGAAUCACCCACACCAACGGACGCUAUGGCACCUGUUGAUCGCACCAGAGACCUGCUCCUGUGGGGAUGUCUGCUCACAUGUUGGGCCCUCGGACAAGCAUUCUUCCUGCCGAGCUUCUCUUCCGGUAGCUACCCCAAGAAAACGGAUGUCGCUGCGGUUCAGUGGCCCGGAGUGCGAGAGAGCGUCUACUACGGGCAGCACUACCACGGCGGCAACGCUGUUCCUGUGGCUGUGCCCUACCCAGUCGCCGUCCCUGCGCCCCACGCUCAGGUGGCAGUACAGCCUGCACCGCCCCCAGUCUCGGGGUCACCAAGCAGCUUCCAGGCCAGCUACCACAACAUGCAGCUAGUGCCCUGCCUGUGUUCUGUGCCUAAGGAUGACAUUGAUGACUCCAGUUCCGUCGUGGUUCAAAGCAGUCAGCAGAUUUCGAACUAACAAUGUUACUUCUUCUUGUUAUAAUAACAUGAACUCAAAAUUGACCCCAUUUAAUCCUCUCGUUGUCAGACGGUUAUCUACAAAUUAGAUUUGAGUUUACGGUUGAAGUGGUACAUGUUUCUCAAGAACGUCAAAGAACUGAAAUUUAGCUAU